UGGAGCCCCGCUCUGCGUCACCUAUUAUACCCGGAUGGAGAAGGAAGGAGCCUCUGUGAUUGGUCAGAUACAAAUCCAAUAUUCAGCGGCAAAUACAGCAGCCAAUGGGGAAUAAAGAAAGAUGAUAGUGAGACCACGCCCCCUCCUUCCCACCAAUAGGGAGCCAGCUCUUUAGCCGCCUAAAUUAGAAUGUGACAGGAAUAAAAGGAUCGGCAGAUAUUGUUCUCAUCAUUACUGAUCUCUGUUCUCUAGGAGAAUAUUUCACUAUCCUGAACCAUCAUGUCUGAUCCCGCCAAGUCUGCACCAGCGCCUAAGAAGGGCUCUAAGAAAGCCGUGACCAAGACUCAGAAGAAGGACGGCAAGAAGCGGAGGAAGACCAGGAAGGAAAGCUAUGCCAUCUACGUGUACAAGGUGCUCAAGCAGGUCCACCCUGACACCGGCAUCUCCUCCAAGGCCAUGGGCAUCAUGAACUCCUUUGUCAACGAUAUCUUCGAGCGCAUCGCAGGGGAAGCCUCCCGCCUGGCUCACUACAACAAGCGCUCCACCAUCACCUCCCGGGAGAUCCAGACCGCCGUGCGCCUGCUGCUGCCUGGAGAGCUGGCCAAGCACGCCGUGUCCGAGGGCACCAAGGCCGUCACCAAGUACACCAGCGCCAAGUAACCUGCU